AUGCCACCCCAAACCUUGAAAGGUAUUCGAUACUACUUCAAAUCGAGCGAUAUCAACCCUCUAGCCAAAGGAGAAAAUCGCAUCGAGAACCUUGCAAAGCUCCGCAAUCUAGCUCUGAGAGACCUUAUCGCACAUCCGGAGCAUUACGACGAGGAUACUACGGUCAUCUUCUCCAACGACGUGGCUUUGUGUAUGGAAGAUAUUCUAGAAAUAAUCCAUCAGCGGAAGUUCCAGGGAGCAGAUCAAACGUGUGCCAUGGAUUGGACAUACGUUGGCGACAACCCGACUUACUAUGAUGUUUGGAUCGGUCGCGGAAUGACUGGGGACCUAUUCUUCAAUAUCCCGGAAGACGGAUCAUGGGAUAACGCUUGGAAUCUCUUCUAUAAUGACCCUAAAUCACAAGCGCGCUGGUCGACCUCAAAACCAUUCCAGGUGUUUUCAUGCUGGAACGGCAUAACGGCCUUCACCGCGAAACCGCUCAUGGAGAAAAAGAUCAAGUUUCGAACGCAUAAGGAAGGCGAGUGUUUUCAAGGCGAGCCGAAGCUGUUCGCCAAGGACAUGUGGUUUAACGGUUAUGGCAAGAUUGCUGUGGUACCGAGCGUUAACGUGGAAUACUCGGACGAAGGAACAAAGAAGCUCAGGGCUUUGAAAGGAUCCACAUCCAAGCAUGUUGCGGACGAAGGAGAUGAUAUCAAAAUCGAGUGGGAGGUUUCUCCGCCGGAGAAAGUGAAGUGUAUGCCAGACUAUCGACACCAAACGUUUGUUGCUUGGGACGAGGGACUGAGGCGUUAA